AUGGGUGGCUCUCUUUCUUCUUCGACUUCUUACGACUCAACCUGGGAGGAGGAUGAAGAUGAUGAUAGUAGUGUGGUGACAGAGCAGCCUUCAGCGAGUAGCACAGAUGCGAUCUAUCCCAAGGCACAAGAGAUACCCAGAAACACGGAAAAAAAGCGUAAAGAAUACAAGUAUAUGUAUUCUGAAGCUGCGCAGGAUAUGCAGGCCUACAGACACCGAUUCCAGCCUUUAAUGUCGAAUUACCAGGAUAGCCCGGAUGAGAUGCCCAAUCUGAUGUUUUACAAAAACCAGAUGGAAUGCAAGCCAGAUGGUUUAUACAUAGAGGACCUACUAGAGGAUUGGAAGGAUAAGUAUGAAAUACUAGAGAAGAACCAUUACUACAUUCAGUGGCUCUUUCCACUUCGACAACCAGGCAAGAACCCACAUGCUGUUCCUCUACAUGAAGAUGAGAUUGAGGUAGCAGAAAGACUCAUAUAA